AUGGCAUCCAAUCCAAUGGGCCGCUGUUGCAUUGUCGGCGUCCAGCAUGAGGGCACACCAAGAGGUCAAAUCAAGCAAAUUGACAAUAACGGCAACACCCACCAUGCCAUUGUAAUCAUGACCGACGUAUUCGGCAUGGACUUUCCCAAUGUCCAGCUCAUUGCCGAUCAAUUCGCCGCAAAUGGCUACCUGACCGUCAUCCCCGAUGUCUUCAAUGGAACCCAAGUCCAGUUCCCCGCCCCAACCACAUUUAACCUGGAAAAAUAUAUAGCCACCACGAUGCCCCAACCAGACACCGUCGACCCCAUCUACGCCCGUGUCAUCAACCAUCUUCGGGGCGAGCUAGGCGUCAAGCGCCUGGGCGGUGUAGGCUACUGUUUUGGAGGCAAGUACGUGUGUAGAUGGCUGAAGCAAGGCGCACUAGAUGCCGGAUUCAUGGCGCAUCCGAGUUUUGUCCAUGCAGAUGAAGUCAAAGGUAUCCAGGGGCCGUUGAGCAUUGCUGCUGCAGAAAUCGACGACAUUUUCACGCUGGACGAACGCCGCCAAACUGAAGACUUGCUCACACAGCACACGGUGCCCUAUCAAAUAUUUCUCUACUCAGGCGUCGAGCAUGGCUUUGCUACAAAGGGGGAUUUGGCCAAUGGCAAGGCGAGAUUUGCAAAGGAACAGGCAUUUUUCCAGGCCGUCUGUUGGCUGGAUGGGUAUGUCAAAAGGGGGGCUUGA